AUGCACGUGGUUGGGGGCGUCUUACCGUCCCUGGGCUGGGGGAUCCUCACGGCCGUCCAGAUCACUACCGCUUUCUGUAAGGCGGCAGCCAUCGCCCACCAGAUCGCUCUGGAAAGAGCAAAAUACCUCGAUGAGCACUUCGCUACCAAGAAGGUCACCAUCGGGCCUCUGCACGGCCUCCCUAUCAGCCUCAAGGACCAAUUCCACGUAAAGGGCGUCGACACCACCAUGGGUUACGUCGGCUGGAUCGGCAGCAAUCUCGGCAUCGCGGACCCGAGCCAGGCGCACCAGGUCAAGAGCCAUAUCACAACCGACCUCCUCUCGCUCGGAGCCGACUGCAAGACCAGCCCACCACAACCUCCGUGCGGCGGCUCCUCGGGCGGCGAGGGCGCCCUGCUUACCCUCGGCGGCAGCUCGCUCGGUGUAGCCACCAAUAUUAGCGGAUCGGUGUGCAACCCAGCCGCCUUCAACAGCGUCUUCGGCCUCAAGCCCACGCCCGAGCACCUGUCAUACCGUGACGCCGCCAACACUAACCCCGGCCAGAACACGUACCGCUCCGCCGUCGGCUUUCUCCACCUCGCUCAUGGGGCUGCAGCUGGCCCUGCGCUCGACCCUCUCUGCUCAGCCUUGGCUCCGGGAUCCGGCCAUCGUGCCCAUCCCCUUCCGCCAGCAUGUCGUGGAAGAACGGACGGCAUAAUGCGUCCGCAUCCUCCCAUCCACAGGGGCCUGAAAAUGGUCGCCGAGGCUGUGAAGCAGGCUGGCCACGUGGUGGACUGGACGCCCCCUGCGCACUCUAGGGCCGUCGCCAUACAUCUCGACCUCACCGGCGAGCCCCUGCUCCAGCCAAAGGCCGUUCUCCGCCCGCCCUCCAGCCUGCUCGAGUAUCAGGCGGCGACGCUCGAGGGCCUGGCGUACGAGUUCGAGUAUUCCGACUACUGGAACUCGACCGCGAACGAGGAUGCGGAAAACAACACAGGCCAAGUCGUCGACGCCGUCAUCAUGCCGGUAGCUCCACACGCUGCCGUCAUCCCCGGCAAGUUCUACCACACUGCCAUCAACGUGCUCAACUACAGCUCCACCGUCAUCCCCGUCACCAAGGCGGACAUGCACCUCGACGCGGGCUCCGGCUCCGGCUUGUCGUCGUCGUACGAGCCGCUGAGCCCAAUCGGCAAACUCAACUGGGACGCCAACGAUGCCGAGAAAUACUACGGCGGGCUCGUCGGCGUGCAGGCUGUGGCGCGCAAAUUCGAGGAGGAGAAGGUGCUCGCCAUUGCGGGUAUCGUGGCGGCGGCGCUGCGGGCGUAUGAUGGGGGUAGGGGGUAA